AUGGACCCUGAAAAAGAAGUACCAGAGAUGGUCAAAGUGACACCUCUUCAACAGAUGCUUGCCUCUUGUACAGGGGCUAUACUGACAUCACUAAUGGUGACACCUCUGGAUGUUGUUAAAAUUCGACUCCAAGCCCAAAGCAGCCCAUUCACCAAAGGAAAAUGCUUUGUAUAUAGUAAUGGACUCAUGGAUCAUAUAUGUGUCUGUGAAGAGGGAGGCAACAAAAUAUGGUACAAGAAGCCAGGGUGUUUCCAGGGAACAUUGGAUGCCUUUGUGAAAAUCAUUCGAAAUGAGGGCAUUAAAUCCUUGUGGAGUGGCCUUCCCCCUACUCUAGUGAUGGCAGUCCCUGCCACAGUUGUCUAUUUUACCUGCUACGAUCAAUUAACUGCUCUCCUAAAAUCUAAACUGGGAGAAAAUGAAACCCGCAUACCAAUUGUUGCUGGAAUUGUGGCCAGAUUUGGUGCAGUAACUGUGAUAAGUCCUUUAGAACUAAUUAGAACCAAGAUGCAGUCCAGGAAGUUUUCUUACCAGGAACUGAAUCGAUUUGUCAGCAAGAAGGUGUCUGAAGAGGGUUGGAUUUCCCUUUGGAGAGGCUGGGCUCCUACUAUUCUUCGAGAUGUACCUUUCUCAGCAAUGUACUGGUAUAACUAUGAAAUGUUAAAGAAGUGGUUGUGUGAGAAAUCUGGAGUAUAUGAACCCACCUUUAUGAUCAGCUUCACUUCGGGGGCAUUGUCUGGGUCUUUUGCAGCGGUUAUGACUUUACCAUUCGAUGUGGUAAAAACACAGAAACAGACACAACUUUGGAUAUAUGAAAGUCAUGAAUUGCCUGUACCUUCAAAAGUGUCAACUUGGGUUAUAAUAAAGAACAUUGUUGCUAAAAAUGGACUUCCUGGAUUAUUCACAGGCCUAAUUCCUCGUUUAAUCAAAAUUGCCCCUGCUUGUGCCAUUAUGAUCAGCACAUAUGAAUUUGGAAAGGCUUUUUUCCACAAACAAAAUGUUCGAAGCCAGCAAUCUAGCUAUUGA